AUGUCGAAUCAGGACCAACAAUCAGCAGACGCCCUCAUCAACACCACCGACGGCCUCGCCUAUUGGGAGUCUAUUGCCCCAGAUGUGAACGGCAUGUUGGGCGGGUUUCCCCACAUCAGCAAAGUCGAUAUCCAAGGCUCAAAAAAUUUCUUGGCUAAGCUUGGCCGUGUGACGACGGGGUUGCUCCUCGAUGGCAUCGCCCAGCAAGUCGACGUCAUUGAGCCGAUUCAGAAGUUCACCGAUGAGCUCAAGGGGAAGACGGGGGUGGGUAAAGUGUGGAAUAUGGGGUUGGAGCAGUGGGAGAUGCAAGAUGGAGGGGAGAGGUAUGACUUGAUAUGGAUCCAGUGGUGCGUGGGGCAUUUGACAGAUCACCAGCUGGUGAGCUUUCUGGAGCGGUGCAAAGCUGCGUUGGAUGUGGGAAAGGGGGGGUUUAUUGUUGUGAAGGAGAAUAAUAGUACAAGUGGGAAGGAUGAUUUUGAUGAGGUGGAUAGUAGUGUUACGAGGUAUGUUUGUGUGUGUUUUUUUUUGGGGGGGGGGGGGGGGGGGAGUGGGAGGGAUGUUGCUGCUAACAGAAGAACACCCCAGGGAGGACGCGACGUUUAG